CUUUUGGGGCUAUUGGAGUCAAGCUAGUCCUGAAAUCACUACUUUGUUUUGGUUGUUUUGCUUCAUAACCUGUCAAUAUGGAGCAGAACAACAGCCUCCCUCCUUUCCCUCAAGGGCUGGCAUCUCCACCGGGAGCCAUGACACCUGGCCUGCCCCUUUUCAGUCCAAUGAUGCCGUACGGCACGGGUCUUACACCACAGCCAGUGCAGAAUACCAACAGCUUGUCCCUUCUGGAGGAGCAGCAGCGACAGCAACAGCAGCAGCAACAACAGGCAGCCUCACAACAGCAGGGUGGGAUGGUGGGAGCUUCAGGCCAGACGCCACAGCUCUACCACUCGCAGGUCUCCACCACAACGGCACUGCCAGGCAACACGCCAGUUUAUACAACACCUCUCACCCCUAUGACCCCCAUCACUCCUGCCACACCGGCCUCAGAGAGCUCUGGCAUCGUCCCCCAAUUACAGAAUAUUGUGUCCACUGUAAACUUGGGGUGCAAACUUGACUUAAAGACGAUAGCACUUCGAGCCAGAAAUGCUGAAUAUAAUCCAAAGCGUUUUGCUGCCGUCAUCAUGAGAAUACGAGAACCCAGAACAACAGCUCUCAUCUUCAGCUCAGGGAAGAUGGUGUGCACGGGAGCGAAAAGUGAGGAACAGUCCCGAUUGGCAGCCAGAAAAUAUGCCAGAGUGGUGCAGAAGUUGGGUUUUCCUGCUAAAUUCUUAGACUUCAAAAUUCAGAACAUGGUGGGCAGCUGCGACGUCAAGUUUCCCAUCCGAUUAGAGGGCCUGGUUCUUACACACCAGCAGUUUAGCAGCUAUGAACCAGAGUUAUUUCCGGGAUUAAUCUACAGAAUGAUCAAACCCAGAAUCGUCCUUUUAAUAUUCGUUUCAGGCAAAGUUGUACUUACAGGUGCAAAGGUUAGAGCAGAGAUCUAUGAAGCAUUUGAGAAUAUAUACCCCAUCCUGAAAGGAUUCAGGAAGACUACGUAAUCUUGUAAUGUUAUCGCUGAUGAGUUACUUCUUGAGUAUGUCUGGGGUGACCUACUUAGUUUUAUUUACUUUUGUAAGCUUGUAAAUAUGAAGGACACAUUUUCUUCACUCAGAAAGUGAACCGAUUUGAGGGUUAAAAAUGCUUUUAUUUUUCCUUUUUAAAUGUUUUUCACCUGCCAUUUGGUUUACAAAAUACGGUUUUAUCCAUGUCUGAAUAUUUUAAUGUUUUGAAUUUAUGGUUUUAUGAUGUUAAUGUUCAUUUCAUUCUUUUACACAUUCCCUUUAUUAGCAGGUUUUAUAUAUUGCAUUACUGAUUGUCUGUCAGCGAGAGGAAUCAGUCUGUAGCAAGCAAUGCCCAUGUUGACCAGUGCAAGGGAAUUCUUGUUUGGAGGAGUGCAUUUAGGUUAUUUUCCAACAAAGCUUUGCAAACAAGUUUGCGGAUCGUUCAGUUGUUGAAGUCAUCAUGUUAAGUUUUCAAAUGAGAUUGACAGAUCUAGCGAUUUAAUUCCCAUUUCAAUGAAUGUACUGUAGGUCUCCCAAUAGCCCCAUGUAAAGCACUGGCAUAAUUUAAUCCUUUGUCUAUGUAACUAAUUCACUUUGCUACAUUGAAUGCAAAUAAAUACGUUUGCCAAUUUCAGCCUAUCACUGCAUUGUAGAGUAUUACCUCCACGUAUGUUGUCUGCAUGUUUUCUGUUUUUCUAUAAUGGUAAUGAGAUGACAUUUCAGUACUGUUAUGACCGUUUUUACAACAGAAAGGACUUUAAGUGUUGAGACUGUAUUGGUGUGUAAGUGAGAUUUUGGAUUUCAUACCAGAACUACACUAAAUAAACCUUAAAUAAUUAUAUUACUAAUAACAAGGCAGGAAAUGGUGUUGAUGUGUUGUGGAGCAAACAAUGGUCUUCUCAGUCGUAAAAUAAAACUCAAGAAACAG